AUGAAAUGGAAGGGUGGUUUUGUGUGCGAGUUUAUUGAGAUCGAAAGCGAAAAGAGACACGACAGAGACCAGGGAGGCGGAGUACAUGGAAAUGCUAUUUUCUCAAAGUAUGAUGUUGACUUUAGAGUCCUCGAUCACAAGCAUCAGCCUUUCAAUUGGGAGAAGGAUUGUGACAAGUUAAACGAACCCAGAAAGGGAAGGCGAGUUACCCUGGUUGCCGAGAUCAAAACAGCAUUUGGUCCACCGAUACUAUGUUAUUGUGUACAUUUAGAAGUAUUCUGCGGUCUUAUAGGCCGAGUAAAUCAAUUUUCCGAGAUUCUAUCAGAUUCGGUAAUCCAUGCUUCCACUCAUCCAUACCAAUUAAUCCUUGGCGAUCUCAACACGAAAUCACACUCAAUAGCCAGAUUAUCGUCAUUCUCUAGGGAUAGAUACUGUGUACUAUCUCUUGGCAUGAGCGAAUCAGAGUGGUGGGAUAAAAAUCUACUUUCUUGGCACGCAUGUAGUGGUGAUACCAACAUGUAUCUGAAAUAUGGUGGGAUUUGGCCAGUAUUUGCUCUGGCGAGAACAGCACUCUCAGGCUUCACUCCAAAAGUCCUUACCGAUGCACGCAACCCUGGAUUCUAUGACCCAUGGCAUCCGUUUUACGACGUAACAAUCAACUAUCCAAGAUACUAUGCUCUAUACUCUGCUAAACUUGACUGGACUCUUGUUCGUGGAUUCAACGUAAUCAAACGAUGGAUAGGUAACGAUGACUACUCCGCGUCCGAUCACAAGUAUUUGAUGAUAGAAGUCGUUUUUGAUGAUUAUAGCAUUGCUAGCGAUACAGAGGGCAUGGCUUGGGAAGUGUGGCGGAUGAGGAGAAAGGAGUGGAAGAAAAGGCUUGAGAAAGAAGUGGAGAGUAAGCGGGUACGAGGUAGCAAGGGGAGAGUAGUGCAAUGGAUCGGUUUUGUUGCUGUGUUUGUUGCUAUUGGCAUAGGAGUUGCUAGAAAACGGCUAUGA